CCAAGAUCUCGCAUGCGCCGUAGUAGCCUACUCGCCGCUUUAAACCAAGGCUGGACAGAUGUUAAUAUGCAGCCUGGUUGAGGGGUGAAACUCCUGGAAAACAUUUUAAAGAGGGAGCUGAAGAGUCAACGCUGAUCAUAUUAAUGUAGGGACAAAAUAAAUAACGGGCAUCAUGUUGAGAAAAUAGUUCCAGAUAUGGCAGGAGCGACGCGGAAAUGUCCACAACCGAGCAACAGCCAAAUCGAGAUGAGGAUGAUCAGGAGGAGCAACGGGAGGAGGGGCCUCUGCAGUGUUUCCGCUGUGACCUGGGCUUCUGGGAUGCCUGCUACACCACCAAAACCAACUGCAAUAUCGGAGAGAAGUGCUACACUGGCCGAGGGAAGGCAGGUGAUGUGCUGGAUGUUAAGUUGCUGGGUUGUGUCAAGGCGAAGGAGUGUGAGCUGGUGACCAAUGUGGAGAUCUUCUCCAACACAACCAUCUACAUGAUGACAAGGCACUGCUGCGACACACACUUCUGCAACACCGGACACACACUACCCCUCAACACACUUCUCUCCCUGUCACUGACUACAAUAACCAUCAUCCACCUCUCCUCUCCCUGACAGUGACUACAAUAACCAUGAUCCUCACCUUCAACAGACUACAAUAACCACCACGCAUCAUAAAGUCCCCAGCAGCACACAUUUAUUCAAUUUUCUGUUAAUAUUCUGUGUUUACUUGUCAAGGAAUAUGGACAGUAAUUAACAUAUGUGGAUGUGCCAGAUUGAGGCAAAAGUCUCAUGUUCAACCGUUAGAAGCUGUCUCUGGGCUUGGGAAAAUUGGUUAGAUGGUUUUAUGGAAUUCAAUUUUUAAUAAAUGUAAUUUUCUCAUUCUGUUGUUGGCAUAAACUACAAAAGGAGACUGGAUUUUAUUUUAUCAUAUUUAUAGAACAUUCUGAAUUGUAACUGAAUAACAUAAUUCAAAUUUACAUUGUCCUCAAUCUUGGUUGGCAUAUUUUAAACACGUCAAAAUUACUUUUAUGUUCUCCUCCAAACCUAAAUAUUUCCAUAGAGAAUACUACAGUAUUUCCCAUUGACUUUAGUGUUAUGGUAAAUCCUAAAGUAGUAUGCAUCAAUCUCUCAGACCCAUAUUCACAGAUCUAGGAUCAUCUUAACCUCUCUAAAACCAUCAGCAUCUUGGGGCAACUUCCUCCUACAGUCAGUGAAGCUGAGGUCAUACUGGUAUACAGUAGUGUUGCUGUUACAUAGACAACAGCAGUACUGGUAUACAGUAGCAUUGCUGUUAGACAGACAACAGUAGAGUUGCUGUUAGACAGACAACAGUAGAGUUGCUGUUAGACAGACAACAGUAGAGUUGCUGUUAGACAGACAACAGUAGAGUUGCUGUUAGACAGACAACAGUAGAGUUGCUGUUAGACAGACAACAGUAGAGUUGCUGUUAGACAGACAACAGUAGAGUUGCUGUUAGACAGACAACAGUAGAGUUGCUGUUAGACAGACAACAGUAGCGUUGCUGUUAGACAGACAACAGUAGAGUUGCUGUUAGACAGACAACAGUAGCGUUGCUGUUAGACAGACAACAGUAGAGUUGCUGUUAGACAGACAACAGUAGCGUUGCUGUUAGACAGACAACAGUAGAGUUGCUGUUAGACAGACAACAGUAGCGUUGCUGUUAGACAGACAACAGUAGAGUUGCUGUUAGACAGACAACAGUAGAGUUGCUGUUAGACAGACAACAGUAGCGUUGCUGUUAGACAGACAACAGUAGAGUUGCUGUUAGACAGACAACAGUAGCGUUGCUGUUAGACAGACAACAGUAGAGUUGCUGUUAGACAGACAACAGUAGAGUUGCUGUUAGACAGACAACAGUAGAGUUGCUGUUAGACAGACAACAGUAGAGUUGCUGUUAGACAGACAACAGUAGCGUUGCUGUUAGACAGACAACAGUAGCGUUGCUGUUAGACAGACAACAGUAGAGUUGCUGUUAGACAGACAACAGUAGAGUUGCUGUUAGACAGACAACAGUAGCGUUGCUGUUAGACAGACAACAGUAGAGUUGCUGUUAGACAGACAACAGUAGCGUUGCUGUUAGACAGACAACAGUAGAGUUGCUGUUAGACAGACAACAGUAGCGUUGCUGUUAGACAGACAACAGUAGCGUUGCUGUUAGACAGACAACAGUAGAGUUGCUGUUAGACAGACAACAGUAGCGUUGCUGUUAGACAGACAACAGUAGUGUUGCUGUUAGAGCAGGUCUCCUCCAGAGGGAAGCAGCUCCUCCUUCAUGUAGCGCUGCAGAUCCACACUCUGGUCCUCAAGGUUCACACACAGAAACUUCUUCACCACACAAACACACCUGACAGGGACACACACACAAAGAAAACACCUGUGGGUGAUUAUGCGUAUGUAUUGCAGGCAGAAUAACUUAUAUAAAUGUUCAUCUGAGCCAUCUUUGUUGC